AUGGAUUCUGAAUUAAGUUUUCCUUCAAGGGACGUUGUGAAAUGCUAUGAUAUUGGUGUUGAUUAUUCUCUUGGGGCGUCUUCUUCAGAUCCUUGGACUAGAACGGUGAAAAGAAAGCUCAGCGAAUUCAAAGAAGGGCACAUGAUGUUGCUUCGAGGCUCCUCUGAAUCAUCUUCGAACGCCAAGUUACUAGUUGAGAAGGAAUGUGCCGCUUUGCUCGAGGCUCUCUCUAGCCAAAGGCAAACAGUGAAAGAUCUUCACUUGGAGCUUGAAGAGGAGAGAAACGCGGCUGCAUCAGCAGCGAACGAGACGAUGUCGAUGAUACUUAGGCUGCAGAGAGAAAAGGCUGAGAUACAGAUGGAAGCUCGGCAGUUCAAAGCGUUUGCUGAGGAGAAAAUGACCCAUGACCAAGAACAGCUCUCGGCUUUGGAGGAGCUGUUGUAUGAGAAAGAGCGUGCUAUCGAGGCCUUGACUUAUGAGGUCGAAGCGUACAAGCAUACAUUGUUGAGCUGUGGAGUAACCGAAGCAGAGAUAAAUGAUCAGAUACUUGGCUUUGGCAGAGACUCUGUUAGCUCUGUCGGUAUUGAUGUUUACCCCUGCGAAUAUACUUCUUUGAAAUGUACUGUGGACGAGAACCAGAGCGGAGAAGAUGGUAAUGUUGAGGUUGUGGAGAAGGUGAUAGUUGGUCAGUCUCCAAGAUGGCCAUAUUAUGAUCCAAAUUCGCCUUUAGGAACUGCAAAAGAGAUAAAAGGGACAGUUUUCACAGACUCUCCUAUGUCCAAUAGUAGCGAUAGAGUUUAUACUAUAGACUCAAUCCAUGUGGGUGUUUCUGAAGUUAAGAUUGAGGAGGAGCCUACUAGCAAGAUGAGUAAAGGAAAGCUGAACGGUGAUCACUGGAAUUCUCCGAGGUACCAAGAACCGUUCACGACGCAGCAAGGAGUUAACGAGCCAGAUAUCGAGAAGCUUUACACGAGGCUUCAAGCACUUGAAGCUGACAGGGAAUCGUUGAGGCAGAUCAUUGUAUCGAUGCGGACAGACAAAGCUCAGUUGGUGCUGCUGAAAGAGAUUGCACAGCAUUUAUCAAAGGAAACUGUUGCAACAAAGGGACGAAACCAGAUUAGCAAAAUGCCAUCUUUGAAAGCAUUCUCUGUAGGAACGGUCUUCAAGUGGAUUGUGUCUUUCGUAUAUUGGAAAAGGAAAGCCAAGCGAAACAAGUAUGUCUAUGAUUUGUCAGCAAAUAACAUGGGGAUGCUUAUGAUUCUAGGCGAGGGAUCUCGAACUAGGAGAUGGAGUUGUUUAACAGGUUCACAUGUCUAG